ACUCAUUGGUUUUCCUAGUAGAGGUCAAAACUUUGUGUUGGAAGGAAAAUUUCCGCUAAACGGAGAUAAAAAUGACCCUCACGUCAAAGGCUCCAUGUUUUAAGUCCAAGUUCAUAACUGCUGAGCUGGCUCGUGUGUUCAGCCAGUCAGACAGUGAGGAGGAGUUUGAAGGCUUCAGCGAGGAUGAGGAAGAAAAGAACAGAGGAUCUUUUAACAAACGGCUAAAGACCUCGAUGGUGGAUUCAGAGGAGGACAGCGAUGUGGACACAGGCUUCUACUCUGAUGGCGAGGACGCCCCCCCACCAAAGAGGAAGAGUCUUUUAGUUGCCCUUAGGUUUCCUGUCAAAAGGGUGUCUUCCCCCAAAAUGGAGCUGCAAGGGAAACAGAUCACAAAACCAGUCAAAGAAACUCCACCUUCACGGAGAGCCAGAGGAAGGAAGAGGAUGAAGCAGCAGCAGCAGCAGCAGCAGCAGCAGGAGGAUGAGGAGGAGGAGGCGGAAGAAGAGGAGGACAAAGAGGAGGUUUUGUCUCAGAGCCUGCGGAAACGAGACAAAAACAUCCAGGAAAACAAGGCGAUGCUUGCUAAGCUGUUUGCUGAUCUGAGCACCAUGGCUGACCUCACUCCACCCAACACCCCUCACAAGAAGAAGAGACGGACGCCAGAGAAAGCGACACCACGCAAGCGCAAGUUUGAACCAGAGAUUGGGUCAGAAAGAAGGAACCCGUCCCGUAAGGCUCGUCCUCGGGAGAACUUCGCAGUGGAGGAAAAGAGCGAGCCAAUCGCUCGCAGAAGCCCCAGGACUGUCGACAUCAGGAGACUGGUAGAGGUGGACGAGGAAUUUGAUGAGAAAAAGAAAAGGGGAAAGAACCGCGCGUACAGGAAGAGUCAGUAUGACGCAAGGACAGUUGACGAGAUCACCAAAGAAGAUCUGGACAACAUAGCGUACCGCAGCAAGGACAAGAUCUGGGACAAGGAGAAUGUGAGUUACAUCAGGCCUUCAACAGUUUAGCAGUGUCAGUACUGUGCUGUCAGGUUAGCAUGUUUCAUCACUGUGUGUGUGUGUGUGUGUUUGCGGUGUGGGGGCAAAGGUCAGUUCUGUGGGCCGUGUCUGAAGAACCGCUAUGGAGAGGACGUACGUGAAGUACUGCUCGACCCGGCAUGGUCGUGCCCCAUCUGCCGAGGGGUGUGCAACUGCAGCCUGUGUCGUAAGAAGGAGGGCCGCUGUGCUACCGGCAUCCUGGUGGGAUUGGCUCGCUACAAUGGCCAUGACAAUGUCCACGAGUAUCUGGAGAGCAUUCAGAAGGAUCUGCAGUAAAGUCCAGAGAGAAGACCAGAGAGGAGAACCUGCUCGUACAGCUAGAACCCGGAGCAGGCUCUUGUCCUGCACAAUGCCGUAGAACUCUUUUUAACGCACGUUUUUAGGUUUAGAUAAAUGUUGUAUCUAAUUGGAGAAACAAAAGCAAAAAGAUGCUAUUUUGAAUGUCUUCUUAACACAAGGCACAUACAAUGUUAAUAUGUAUAAUAUAUCCAGAGUUAAGGCUGCAUGAGAUGCGGGGAUGUUUUUAACGUCAGUACUCAGUUUUGUAUAUUUCCAUUUGAAUAUUUCUAGUCUUGAUGUUCACAAGAACAAAUGUAAGGUUAUUUUUUGUGUUACGGAUGCAAAAGAACCCUUUUUAUAUGCCAACUAACCUUUUUUUUUUAAAAGUGAGUAACCUUUACAGCAUUGUUGUCAGUUCACUGUAAAUUCUAAUAAAGCACGAGACAUUAUCUAAA